AUGACUAUUAUAGUCUUUUUAAUAGAUACAUCAGCAUCUAUGAACCAAAGAGCUUAUUUGGGCGGACGCCCAACAUUACUCGAUGUAGCCAAGGGCGCUGUGGAAACAUUCGUAAAGGUACGUCAACGAUCUCCCGAAAGCAGAGGCGAUAGGUAUAUGCUUCUAACUUUCGAAGAGCCACCCGCGAACAUCAAGGCCGGUUGGAAAGAGAAUCUGGCGACAUUUAUAAACGAACUGAAGAAUUUGCAGUGCCUUGGUCUCACCACUAUGGGUGCUGCUUUGAAGCACGCUUUUGACGUGUUAAACAUUAAUCGUAUGCAGACCGGAAUAGACACCUAUGGGCAAGGGAGGUGUCCUUUUUAUCUUGAACCCUCUGUCAUAGUUGUUAUCACUGAUGGAGGAAAACUAUCGAGCAAUGCUGGCAUACAGGAAGAGUUUAAUCUGCCGAUGAACUGCCCGAUUCCUGGAUCAGAGUUAACACGAGAACCAUUCAGAUGGGACCAAAGGCUGUUCUCAUUGGUGUUGAGGCUGGCUGGUACUCCAGCUGUGGAGCGGGACACUGGACUUGUGCCAUCUGAUUCAUCACCAAUUGAUGCAAUGUGUGAAGUCACGGGUGGUCGGUCUUAUUGCAUCACGUCACAUCGGAUGUUAAUGCAGUGCAUCGACAGUCUAGUGCAGAAGGUGCAGAGUGGUGUUGUUAUUAAUUUUGAGAAGAUUGGCCCCGAUCCGCCGCCCAUAGACGGAGGCCCUAACAGGGAUGGCGAAAAUCCGGACGAACACCACGAAGACAAGGAAAUGGAAACCGACAACGACAGGAACGGGAGAUGGAAUGGCGGGCCCUACCAGUCUAACGUGGGUCCCAAUCAGUCCGCCGGCGCGCCCCAGGCGUGGCACUCGUGUCGCCGUCUCAUAUACGUCCCACGCACUGUGUCACAAAAAGGCUUCGCUGUUGGCUUCUGGCCUAUUCCUGAAUCAUUUCGGCCCGAUCCAAAUGCACCUACGCUGCCGCCGCGCUCAGCACACCCAGUAGUAAAGUUCACGUGCUCGAGUCAAGAACCGAUGGUCAUUGACAAUCUUCCCUUCGACAAGUACGAGCUCGAGCCCAGUCCACUCACUCAGUUCAUAUUGGCUCGGAAACAACCCACUAUCUGCUGGCAGGUUUUUGUAGCGAACAGUAGCUGUAAGAAUUCUGAAGUGAGCCACCCAUUUGGUUACCUAAAGGCAUCCACGAACCUAACUUGCGUGAAUCUGUUUGUGUUGCCGUAUAAUUACCCCGUGCUGUUGCCGCUGCUCGACGACCUGUUCAAAGUCCAUCGUUGUAAACCCACACCGGAGUGGAAAAUGGCGUUUCAGCAGUAUUUGGAUAGAAUGCCUUCAUAUUAUGUUACACCUCUCCGCCGAGCUUUAACAAAGAUGGGCGCGUCCGCUCCCCUCGUACAAAGUUUAAUUCCUGAGACUCAAGAUAACUGCCUUAGCUUCUCUGUGCUGAACUAUUUGAAAAGACUGAAAAAUCAAGCCAAGAUUGAGUUUGAGAAACUCUGCGCCGACGUCAUCAAUAAGGCUUCGAGCAAUAAUACCCAAAAAAUAGCAGAGAGCGUAAGAGUAAUGCCGAAGUCGGCCCUUAAGAAGGAGCUGACGAGUCACCCGUGCCUUCAGGACAAGUUUACAGCUCUAAGGGAUCAAUUGAAUGAGUUUGGGGGGUUCGUGGUGGGUUUGUCUCGAGGGAGGCACAAAGCGCAGGCGCAUACUUACAGGAACCCUUUUGACAUUCAACGCAGAGAUUUGUUAGAUCAGGUGGUCCGGAUGCGAGCAAACUUCUUGCAGCCUUCGCUUGCGCAUACGCGUCUAGUAGACGAAGACAGCGUCCACUCGAUGCCCGUGGCGCAGAUGGGCAACUACCAAGAGUAUCUGAAGCGGAUGACUCCACAACUUCGGGAGAUAGAGUCGCAACCGGUGCGCCAACACAUGUUUGGCAAUCCCUUCAAAAUAGACAAGCGUAUGAUGGUUGACGAAGCGGAUAUAGAUCCGAUGGGCACGGUUCGUGGCAGUGGUGGUGGCGGUGUAGGUGGUAAGCGUGGCGCCGAGAGUCCUCGCGCCGCUCCGCCGAAGAGGAAAGCCGGACCUUUACCACAACAUAUCGUGGCAAGACGACCUACGUCCCCAGCACCCAUGUCACCUGUUCACAGGCCCCCUUCCCCGAUGUCACUGGUGUUGCCGGCGUCUCCCGUGCCUCAUAGCACGCCCCCCGCCUCACCCGCUGCGGCGCCCCUCUCCCCCGUUUCUCGACGACCUGCGUCCCCCCUCGCGCCCGUUCCUUCCGACUUGCCUUCUGGGCGACCUCCUGAAGAGCCUCCCAACGUGGAAUCUGGUGGGACGCCUGGUCCGGCCGCCCCUGCUGCCCCCGCGCCACCCGCCGCGCCUGCGAAUUUACCCCCUAUCAUCAAACCUUUUCUCAACGGAGAUGCAUACACUACGAUGGGCAGCAAAAUGUCGCGCUCCCCGUCUCCGCCGCUAGAGGUGUCUUCGCCGCCUUGUGACACGCAAGAGCUGCAAAUCAACGCCAUCUUGCAAGGUGUUGCAGCUGAGAAUAGCUCUAAUUCCCGCAGGAAAAAGAAACGAAAGGAGGAAGACAAAGUACAUUUGUCGUCUGUUCUGCUGCCCCCGCAACCUUCGCGCAAAGAGCUCGCCGAAAUUAAGAAGCACAACCUCUCUGUUCGCUCGGAGGUCUAUCGCGCCGUGCGUCGACCGGGCAGAGACUUUACAAAGCUGUUCGAAUAUCUUAAGCAAUUGAAGGGCAGCGUGGAUACGAAGAAGGAGGUGAUAAGGGACGUGAUCGGCGAGUCGUUAAGGUUCAAGAGGAAAGCCCUCGCGAAGCUCCUAGAAGACUUCCUGAUCGGCCUCGAGCGCAACGGCAGCAGCGCCUCCCUCGACCUCAAGAGAUUAGCGAACUCCGUGCCCGCGAACAGCCACAGCUAG